CUAGUUCAAUGAAGCUUAGAAGCCGGACGUGAAACGAGGUUCAAAACUGCAGUUGUAAUUGUAAAGUUUAACGGUAAACAGAUAGCAAAGAAUAAUGCACUGGGAGUCAACGACCACGUAGAAGAGGACCUAUUGAUUUUCCGUUAGGAUUUAAACGGGAAAAGCACAAAUUUUCUCGGCUAACGUACCGGGUAAGGUGACGUAGCUUCGCGGGUGUCCUUUCGUUUGUGCCAUUCCCGUGAGCAGCCAUGUCGGGUGCAGCAGUUUCCUCGAUCCAGAAAAUUCCAACAAAAUACCUUAGACAAAAAGCCCAGGAGUUCUUGACUUCGAGGAAACAUGCCAACAACCUGGUGGAUAUCAUCGCACAGUGGGAUCAGGACUCCGGCAUAUCAUGCAUACUUACCCUAGAGACGAUUUUCCUGGAGGUCCUCAAACGGGGUGACAUGUACCAGGAACGUACGAUAACUCUAACUAUAGGUGAGCCAAGUGCAGAAUCUCGAUACAUCAGCUGGUUAAGAAAUUGUUUCGAGGAAGUAUGGGCAAAAAUACUAGCAUCAAUAGAAAGCUGUCGUUCAGGAGUACAAUUGCAGGCCUUGUCCACUGCCAUAAAACUGAUGGCAGAGGAAGGCAAGGCACCAUUGGAACCAACUGGAGAUCUAGAAUAUUACUUCCCUCUACAUAGACUGAAACAUAUCCUGAUGAGUUUGCUUUCACCAGAAAAGGAUAAUGUCCAUCUAAUUGCUAGAUUUCAAGAACUUGCUAAUUAUUUAGAUGCACUUUACUUUACAUGGAAGUGUCUUCCAUCCCUUACACCUAAGAGGCAGCCACAUGAAAUUUACAUCAAGAAUCUACUAGAGCUCAUAGACAAACUGCCACUGCCGAAAGAUGCUCAAGGUGAAGCAACAAAGAAUUCAGAGUUACUUUGUGGUCCCCAGCAAGCUACUGGUGGAUUUACAUGGGACCAAACGUCGGCAAGACGAGCCUUAAAUAAAACUUGGGCAUGCGUAAUGCAUUGGGAGUUAACACCUCAGCUACAUAAACAGCUCCUGGUCGUCCUAUUAGAAAGAGUAAUGCCACACUUAGAGAAACCAGUGCUUCUAACAGACUUCCUUAUGGAUUCAUUAGAUGCCGACGGACCAAUUGGUCUCCUAGCGCUACAAGGAGUAUUCCUACUAGUAACCCAGCACAACCUGGAAUAUCCAAAUAUCUUCACCAAAUUGUAUUCCAUGUUCGAGCCAGAGAUAUUCCACACGAAAUACAAGGCUCGUUUGUUUUACCUAUCCGACCUGUUUCUAAGCUCUACACAUAUACCAGAAGCUCUGGUGGCAGCAUUCGCAAAACGGCUGGCCCGUCUAACCCUAGUAGCACCAGCAGAGGACAUCCUCAUAAUUCUUUUAUUUAUUGGCAACCUUCUCCUAAGACAUCCAGGAUUGAAACGACUGAUAGACCAUCCUCAAGGCGGCGAGGUCCACGCAGAAGAUACGAGCAGUGCUGCCGAUCCAUUUCUAAUGGAAGAACGUGAUCCCUUACAAAGCAACGCUCUGAUGAGCAGUCUCUGGGAGAUCAGAGCUCUUCAAUGGCAUGUGUUACCCAGUGUUGCUACUGCAGCACGUUUCAUACGUGAACCACUACCCUCCGUUGAAUACGACAUGGCCGCUGCCCUGGAGCGCACCGGCGGACAUAUUUUCGAGCGUGAAUUAAAAAACAGAGUCAAGGAAAUCAUGUUGACCUUUGAAAGGCCCACUUCUAUGGCCUUGCCAAAGGGCGAACGAUUAUUGCAAUACUGGCAGCUCACUAGCUCUCACUGAUCUAUAACCUGCUAGGAAGAUGGUCGACUCUUGAAGAAGAUGCACACCAGAUGUAUAAAAAUCGCGAAUCAGUGCAACAUGGUACGCGUUAUGAAUAGGAUCUUGAGGACAGGUUGUGAAAUGUAAAAAGAUGAGUGUAAAAAAAACAUGGAAGAGAAGUUCAAAUAAGAAUGAAAGUAAUGGAUGAAAAAAUGAGCGAGAACGAAGUUAGGAUGUAUGCACACUUGCCACAGGAAUUGGCAAGUUAAAUAUUUGUACUCUGAGAAAAAGAAUAUUCACAUUUACGAAUGUAUUCGUGACGAUACUUUUAUAUUAUUUAACGUUACGUUUUUCAAAUGACUAUACGAGCGUGACUAAUAUAACUAUCGAGUACUGGGAUUCGUUAGUUUGGUAUUAAAGUCAUGGAUGUAAGCUUAAAAGUUAUUGUCUCGUACAGUGACCAAUCAAACUAAAUGUGAGAAAAAGAAGUAACAUUGAGUUCUUUUAUAGUGAGAGACUAUUAAGCGGAAGAGAAAGAUGUGAGAUAAUAAAAUUUUAUUUUAAUUUAAUAAUAAAA